UUGAAACUGCAUGGAUGCUUUUGGGUCCCUCUUUCUCUCGGCUUCAAUUGGCUCUCCCAUCAGGUCCCUUCCACCCGUGAGACACCAGGCUCUUUCCCGGACCCUCCAGGUGCCAGCUCCAUUCCGCUAAGCCUACCAGGCUUCACCCUUCCCGCCUGCCAGCGGCUGAGCCUUCUCGACAGAGCGGGCAUCCUCUACUGAGGGCUGUCAUUUUAUCGCUCAGGAUUAGACGCAGAUGGAGACCGGCGCCGCGCCUAGCGUGGAAAGAUUGCUAUACCAACCAAUAGUAUAAGCAGGCGAGGCAGAACGUGACGCUGCAAGAGUCCGGUUUCCCGGGGGGACGUUUAGAGAGUCGCACAGCCCUUUCCCUAGUUUCUUAAGACCCCCUUCCGCCCCGCGCUGUCCCUUCGGAAGGUGGCCUUUCUUUUCGGGCUAUGGUAGGCAAAGUUAUAAAACGGCCGCGGUUGCAUCGGGCGGCGCCGAAACCGGCAAAGUCCCGGCAGGUUUUGGAGGAGGCGAAGCUCCCGACAGAUGCCUUGACUUCGAGGGUGUUUACCGACAAGGACCAGGCUUUUAUGACCUCAAACAUCUUUGCUGGAGUGAAGAUUGAUCCAAAAAGUCUUGUGAAGAAGUUAGACAUCGAUACAAGAAGCAUUUUUUCAGUCCUAAAAGGUGAAGAUGACAAGGCACUUUUGUCUAAGAAGGAAAAGAUGAAGCUACGAAGGGACAGAUGGUUGCAGAAAAUAGAAAAUAUCAAGCUAGCAAAAGAGCAACAAAAGGCAGAGGCAAAGCGAAAAGCUACCCCAGUUGUUGGAGACAUGCAUCCGCUGAUGGACGCUCUGCCUGAGCUCUCAGACCUGGUAACAGUCAACAAGUCUGGCAAACAGCCUAAAGGCCAAGCAAAGAAGAAGGUGCUGACGAACUUCAGUCAGAUGAAAUCACCCCAGAAACGCAAAGUCUUGUUGGAGGAAGUGGCACAGUUUCACAAGACUAUAUCAAAUCCUUUGUUCAAAGCUAGCCCUCUGAGAGUCAUUGGUGAACAUCUUUCCAAAAGACUGAAGCUGGAGAGGGAAGGAGAGCCGUUCUAACAUAUUGCUUGAACUGUUUGAGAGCACAAGAGAUUGGAUUCUUGCCAACACACUGCAUGAUGACCUUACAUGCCCAGUAGGUCAGCAUAACUUUCAAGAAUCCACAGGAUCAUGACAUCCAGUGGCUUUGUUUUCUGUCAACAGAUAUAAUGCUGCCAACACUGAUGAUUAUACCACUAGUACUAGCAACUACCUUGUCUGCUGCUCUUGGGGACUGUUCUCAUUUCCCACUCUGUGCUCAAUCACACACCAGAUGUUUCUCUUUUCUCCGUGCAGUUCCUGGGAAGUCUCAAUUAUCCUCCUCUCCACUAGGAGUCAUGCAGCAUUUGCAGCAUUCCCCUGAAAUAAUAUUAAGGCCACUGCUAUUUCCUGUUUCCAGGAUCAAUUAACCCCAAAAAUAUCUGUUGAUGUUAGUUUUUGCUAUCUAUUUAAUAGAUAGUGUAGUUUAGUUUUCUGUUUAACAAUAAAUAAAUGAAAUAAUUUCCCAUCGUGUGAUCUUGUAAGAUAGCAAUGAUAAAGGCAAUCAAAUGUAAUCAAAUGUAGUUUUUCAAAUGUAAUGGGAUGAGGGACACUUAUUAGUGAUCCUGGUGUUUGGUUUACAAUUAGAAAAUCAGACUGAUUUUUGCAAUCUAAUCUUGAAUGUCUUAAUGAAUACCAUGGUACUAAAGAAAUGUGCUAGAGUAGUAAAAAUUUGCAGAAAUAAAAUCAGAAAGGAAAUAUCACAAAACAAGUUAAUACUGGAAUAAAGUAGCUUAAAAAGCAAGACCAAUAUAUUAUUAGUUGUUGGCAGCAGCAGCAUUAGUAAGAUUUUAUACCCCACCUUUUGUCUGACAAUAAUAACAAUAUUAAAACUAAUAUUGUAAUAUAAAUAGCACAAAACAGAUGAAGAAGGAGCAGAAACAGUGAGACUGGAAAUACAACCAGUGACAAUGACAAGAAAAUAAGUAUAUAUGUUAGCAACAAGAAGGUUUUAACUUGAUGCCUGAAAUUAGUCUAAGUGGGUACUGUCAGGAAGACAAUGCCAAGGAGAGUGUUCCAAACUCAGGAUGCCACUUCAUAUGCAGGAAUAUCCAGAGAAGAAUGCCUCAGACGAAGAUCUUAUUGAACGAACAGGUUCACAUGGCUGCAAUCAUUGCUUUAGUUUAAAUACACAAGGUAUAUAUGACUUGUAGGAUAAAACUAGCAGUUUGAAUUGUGCCUAGAAACUAACUGGAGGGCAGUGAAUCUGUUUAAGAAUUGUUGAGACAUAUCCUGACUAAGCUUUUCCAGUUGACAAUCUUGCUGCCAUCUUUUAGACUCUUGUUCACUGAGAUGGCUUUGAAGCCAAUUUCAAAGGGCAUAGAUAACAGUGGUCAGGGUAUAUCGGCAGAAGGGGCUGCAACUUCCUAAGCUGCUGAAAUAUGUUUUGUGCCAGAGAUGCUGUCUGGGACAUCAAAAUAGAAAUCCAGGUCUUAACAGCACUGCUAAGCUGUAAACCUGGCCCUUGAGCGGGAGUGCACCUAUUCAGCCACCUCUCCAAUCAGAUGAACCACCUUACCAGCAAUAAUACCCAGCUGGAUUGAGCUUUCAUUUAACGCUCCCUCAUCCAGCCCAGGCAUCUGGUCAGCACUUCCACUGCCUCACCUCAGUUGGGUGAAAAGGAGAAAAGUUCCAUGUCAUCCGAUGAUGCCUGACUCUAGAUCCCCUGGUGGCCUCAUUCAGAAGUUUCCUUUUUCUCUGCUUUCAAAUGCCUGUAAAUGUAUGAUGUCCUUAAUACAUUCAUUUUAAAAAAAUUCUAUAUCAGAAACUUGUGUAUGGUUUAAUUCCACUCUCUAGCCCUACUUGCACCAAGAAUCAUCCUUAGAAAAAGGAGGUUCUUUGAGUGUCCAGAUGUCUUGGGAUUCACUCCUGGUUCCUUUUUGUAGAGAUUUCUGGACUGUCUCAAGUAAUAAUUCAGUGGUGGCAAUUGAAUUUUAAUUUUUAGGCAGUGUUUUGUUCUUUAACUGAAUAACCUGGGGGAUCCCUACACUGAUGGGUACCCAGCCACUCCAAACAUAGUUCCUCAUUUUUCAACAAACUGCAUAGAACAAUACCAUGAUUUGAUGGUAUCAAUAGCAGCUAAGAGAUCAGGAGAAUUAGCAGGAUUUCUUUCCACCUCCUUCCAUUACAGGUUAUCCAAUAGGGCAACCAAGGCAAUUUCCAUUAGGGACCCAAAAAUACAUGUUAUCCAAUAAUGUUUUGAAUUGUACAGUCAUGAUCCACUCUUAGCACCUUGACCCAAACAGGGAAGACUGGUGAAUGGCUGAUAGCUGCCACAAUCUUGAUCUCUUUUAAGGUAAUCAGGACCACUCCCACUGAAAGAGGCAGUAAUUACCUCUUGGACCCAACCACUCAUCCUUCUCUUGCAAGAUGUUACAAGCCACAAAGGGCAAGGGUUGAAUAAACAAGUAGAAGACUGUUAUCUCUCCAAGCACAUUGUCUACAUCCUUGGACUAAAAAUAAUCCAAACCACCAUGACAAGAGAUGGGUCCCUGGACAUAUCCUAUAGCCAAAUUUUCAAAAGAGCAAAGUACUAGUCUGGGUGAAUGUGAGUGAUUUUGUCCUUGCAAAUAGGUCAGUGAGCAAACAACCUCUGGUAUCAUGUAAAAA